CGCGUGUGUGUAUGUAUGUGUGUGUUUGUGUUUGUGUUUGUGUGUGUGUGUGUGACGAAUUUACCGCACCGCCUCCUCCCUCAGUCCCUCUAUCCCAUCCACAAACCGUGAUGAUGUAAUUGUUUGCCCUACGAACGGAGAAGUGGUGCUGGGCGGCGGGAAGGUUAAACGCGGCCACGCUUGGGGCAGUUGAAAAUUGUCGCGCAUGCGAUCCGGUCGCACGUGCCAAACACGCACGCACGCACGGACUAUGGACGAGACUGAGACCGAGACCGACCGGGAAACCGCUAUCGAGCUGGAAAAACUGAACGAAGCAACCGACAACAUCAACAAAUAUGAGGUCGAUCUGGACGAAGCGAAAAAUGAGUUCCGCGAGCUGCUGCGGGAAAGUGCGGAAAAGAUAAAGGCGGUCGCAAAAAAGGUCGGCAACUCGAUCGACGCAGCGAAACCGUACUACGAGGCGCGGCUGUAUGCAUCCCAGCUCGCGAAAGAGACGCAGCAGUGUGCGCUCAACUUCGACAAGGCCAAGUCGGUGCAUGCGGCCGCGAAGGAGAUGGUGUACCUGGCCGAGCAGGGGCUGGGCGAGAAAUCGACGCUCGAUACGGCGUGCCAGGAGAUGUUGACGCACGCGACCACGCGCGUCAAUGAAAGCCAGAACGAGUGUACCGAGAUGCGCAAUGUGCUGAAGAUAAGCGAGCUCAAGCUGGAGGUGGCCAACAACCGGGUGUGCAAGCUGCACUCGCAGCUCAAGGGCGCCAUCCGGGCGUCCAGUUUCGAUAUCCGGCGCAAUCUUUUGUUGAUGAACAUUAUUGCUUACCAGCACGAGUUGCUGUUCCUACCGUACUACGAGCUGCGGGCCAACUACAAUGCGGUGCUGCUCGAGCAGAAGCAGAAGGUGGUGGAGCUCGAGACGAAGGUGGCGGAAUCGAAGCUACGGUACAACGAGGCCUUGUCCAACCUGGAGCGCAUCUCGGAGGAGAUCCACCGGCAGCGGAAGGCCCGGCGGGCCAGCAGCCUGGACGAGGAUGGCGGCGGCUCCGGCUCGUCCUCGUCGUCGGCCGUGCCGCCGGUCGGGCUGGCCGGCCACGCCACCGGCAAGAUGCUCGCCUCGAUGCACCUGCCCUUCGGCCAGCAGGGGGUGACCCUCGGCAGCGACCACCGGCGCAUCGACAGUGCCGACGAGUACCUCGAGUUCCCGGCCAAGCUGUCGAUCAAGGCGAGCCCGAUCAAGCAGAAAUAUCUGGACAAGCUCGACUGUCCCCAUCUGUUGAAAGACUUUGCGCGCAAGACGAGCCCGAGCGCGGAAAGCGACUCGGACAACUACCAGUUCUCGCCGAACCCGACGAUCGACGACAUAACCAACAUGUCGUCGGAGGACAUCGAGCAGUGGACCGAGAUCCGGCUGUCGAACUCGAACAGCAGCAGCUCCGGCUACUCGCAGCACAACUCGCUCGUGCUGGAGGACGCCCCGACGCCACAGGACGAAACGACCGACUCGUCGUCGGAGGACAGCCCGAAGGCGAAGACGCGCAUCAUCAAGAUGGAAACGUACGACGCACCCGAGAGGAUCGGUGGGAGUGUGUUGCGCCGCACCGACGGCAUUGCCGGCUGGAUCGCCAAGACGGGCAGCAGCGUGGUCGGGUCGGGCUCGACUAGCGGGCACGGGGGGGCCGCGUCGGGUGGAACGCCCGGAUCGGCAGCCACCGGUUGCUGCUCCGCCAACUCCUCCUCCACGUUUGCCAGCAGCGGGCGGCGCCAGAGCCUGGACAUCAUCAUCGACACGGGCGACCGGGUGAAGGACGUGUUCGCGCAGGGCAUCCAGCGCAUCGGCAAGACGCUCGAGCGACGCAACAGCGAGUCGGAGGUGGCGCGGGACGAGUCGGCCGGGAGCGAUUUUUUUCUCUUCCAGCGCGCGGACCCUACAAAGGAUGGUCUGUCGGAUGAGCAGGUGGAGAACCUACUGCUAGACCAGGACUGUACCGACAUCUUUCAGAACGUGGUGAACAUAUCAAAAUGAGGCCGGCGGACGACGGAGGGGUGGCAGGGGACGCUACCCAACGGGACGCACGAGCCAAACCAGUGUGAGUGAGAAGGUAGGGGUGGGGGCACUUUUCCGAACCUGGAAGAGGGAGGGGGCGAAUCAAUCGGGAAAGCAUUAGCCAUACGGAAACUAGUGAAGCAAUUAACCCAACAGAAGCAACAAAAAUCACAAAUACAUACCAGACACACACACACACUGGAGCGAAAUCAUCGUUGUCAUGUGUUAGACGAUGUUGUUGAUUUAUCAUAGAUUCUAAUAUGCGCGCGCGACAAAACAGUGACGAAAACAAAAACAAACAAACACAGCAAUAAAUAAACUAAUAGAAACCGCUGGUGGGGCCCUUUCAGCCCGGCCCCACCCGCGAGUUAGUAGAACUGAUCGUGGGACA